AUAAGUCCUAAACCUGAAUAAGGAAGGAGCUAUAGUUGCAGCUCGAAUGCGCAGCUUUCUAGGACCCAGGGGAAGAGAGUUCCGAAUGCGGAAGUGACAGCAGUGAUUGUGUAUAAGCAGCACACAGCACACACUCUGUAUUACCUCCGCUGCACUGGCUACACUUCAUCUAACUAACAAUAAGGGAAGCUGGGUGGCCAGGGGCUACUGCGACCUGACCAGCUCCAAUGGAACGCUUCUGUAUUGUGAAAGUCAUUGGAGAGGGAUCAUUCGGCAGGGCGCUUUUAGUUUGUCAUGAAAAUACCAAUCAGAAAUAUGUGAUGAAAGAAAUAAGACUGCCAAAGACUUCCACUGGCGUUCAAGAGUCUAGGCAAGAAGUCAUUCUGUUGGCUAAAAUGAAACACCCAAAUAUUGUUAAAUUUGUGGAAUCAUUUGAAGCGGAAGGACACUUGUACAUAGUGAUGGAAUACUGUGAUGGUGGGGACUUGUUGGAGGCUAUAAAGCGGCAGAGAGGAAAACUUCUUCCUGAGAAAACAGUUCUCCAUUGGUUUGUGCAAAUGUGCCUCGCUGUGCAACAUAUUCACGAGAAGAGAGUAUUGCACAGAGAUAUCAAGUCAAAGAAUAUUUUUCUUACACAAAAAGGAACAAUAAAAUUGGGGGACUUUGGAUCUGCUCGACUUCUUACCAGUCCGACGGCAUACGCGUGCACAUAUGUCGGGACCCCCUACUACGUACCUCCAGAAAUCUGGGAAAAUAUGCCAUAUAAUAACAAAAGUGAUAUUUGGUCGCUGGGAUGUGUGCUGUAUGAGAUUUGCACCCUGAAGCACCCAUUUCAGGCAUCCAGUUGGAAAAAUCUAAUUCUUAAAAUCUGCCAAGGAUCCUAUAACCCGCUACCCUCUCAGUAUUCCUACGAACUGCGAAACCUUAUCCGGCAGAUGUUUCGGAGAGACCCUCGGCAUCGCCCUUCAGCUAAGACCAUUCUCACCAGCAGAUCCCUGCUAAAGCUGGUCAGAGCAAGUGAAUCGACAGAGCAUGCCGAUGAUCACAGACAUCGCGACGAUCUACCUGGAGACCAUCAAAUGAGCGAAAAGCCGCUGCAGCAGGAAAAUCGUUCUGAGCUUGAAAAUGCCACAGACCCCAAGCCCCCACAACUAAAAAGGCAGCAGUGGGAAAAGGAGCCUCCAAACGGUGUGCUGUCUAUGCUGGAAAAAGCCUCUGUUCUCACAUCCAGUGUAGCAGCUGGAAGAAGUACAGGUGGCCAUGUUAUAACAUAUAGUAAGAAUGAGCAGAGAAAGAGGUGGAAUAAGGAACCCCCCGAGACACUGUUUAAUAUCCUGAAGAACGCUGAUCUCAGCCUGGCAUUUGAAACGUACACCAUAUGUAAAGCAUCAGAAGAGUAUCUUAAAGGACCACUUUCCAAUGAUGACCAAGCCCCCGAUGCCACAGAUAGUAGAGAGGAAGAGAUUCCUGUAGAUCCAGAGAGAGUUGAAGCGAGAUCUGACGACGAUGACACAGACUUUGAGGAAGAAGACGUUGAUCCAGAUUGGAUGUCUGAGCUGAAAAAGAUGUCGCUCCAAUCAAAAGUCACAACGUGACGAUGAACAGACUGACCCCCUCCGUGCCAUCUCGGGGGGGGGGGGGCAUGCAAAUAUUCCAUUUCAGAGGGGGCCACAAACCAAAUGACUGUUAUUGUGAUAUAAAAUCCCUGGUGCUAUUUCAUGUGUUAUUAGGUUUACAAUAUUAUGUUUACACAAAUUGCGAAUUCAUCGUUAUUUAACUCUUUAACACCCGUUAAUUAAAAUCUACCAGUUAUUUCCAUGUCUGCUGGAACUUCUAAUUAUUGAUUCUAUUUGACUCUGCUCCUUGGGGAUCACGGCCCUACUGUGAUCCGGAAAACAUAGUCUUGAAAAUAACUCAAUUCUGUGAUGGACAGCACUUAACCCUUUAGUUAACCCAGCAGUCAACUUUAGAACGGACCCAGGACCUGCAUUUUGAUCUGAUGUUUGGGGUACGGUGGUUUUUUUAAUUCAUUGUAAUACACAAUAACUUAAUAAAUCCAAAUGAGUUUCCUGA